GGUCCAGCGCUGCUUCGCUCUAUCCGGUCCUCAACUUCCUCCUCUACGUCCCCGAGCGGCUGCAUUCGCCCCUCUACAUCCGGGGCAAGGAGGGGGCCGCGGUGCCCACCAACGCCUUCCACAGUCCCCGCUGGGGAGGGAUCAUGGUCUACAAUCUUGAGCCUGGCGCUGCCAACGAGACCGCCUUGCCCAGGAGGGUGGAGGUGGACAUGGUGCGCACGAUGGAGGUCUUCCUGGCCCAGCUGCGAUUACUGUUCGGCAUCUCCUCCGGCCCACUGCCAGGAGGGGCUUUGCUGGAGACCCCCGGGAACGAGGGCCUGACGGACUGGGAGCUGGACCGCCUGCUGUGGACCCGCACGGUGGAAAACGUGGCCACCGUCUCCACCACGCUGACCUCGCUGGCUCAGCUGCUGGACAAGAUCAGCAACAUUGUCAUCAAGGACGACGUGGCCUCGGAGGUCUACCACGCCGUGGAGUCUGCCCGGCAGGCGAUGACGGAGCUCAGCCUGGGUCACCUGGACUCGGCGUUCCAGGCCAGCAAGGCUGCGGCCACCUCCUCCGAGCGGGCCUUCUUCGACCCCUCCCUCCUGCACCUACUCUACUUUCCCGACGACCAGAAGUUCGCCAUCUACAUCCCGCUCUUCCUGCCCAUGGCCGUGCCCAUCCUGCUCUCGCUGAUGAAGAUGGCUUGGGAGAGGAAGCAGCGCCAGAAGGAGUCCGCCAAGAUGGACUGAGGGGGCUUCUGGACACCCAGGCAGGGGGCGGACUCUUGGCCGGGCAGCUGCCCCUAACGGUGGUAGGUCCGGCCAGCACGACGGACUCCCCGUUGAGGAGAGGAGCUGCCGUUUCCACUUGGCUCCUCCUUCAAAAGAGCACGUCCCUUUCGCUGCGAACGAGCCCAAAGGACUUCGGAAGCUCUCCUGAUGGCUGGCCAGGCUGGACGACUGGGGGAUCGCUGCACGGUGUGUG